AUGGCUGAGAACUUAAAUCCGACGACCCGGGCGCCUCUCUACAAGGACAAGUUCGUCGAGAUCUUUUCGGAUCACCUCUGCAUCAAGUCCUACUACUUCCCCUUGGGAAGGGAGAAGCGGGUCGACAUCCCGUCGGAUAAUGGAGGAGUCAGCUUCGCCACGGACAAGGAUCUCGAGCUUACAUGGCUUGACUGGAAGGGCUGGGGUAUGGCGCCGAAUAACGUUUGGUGGGCUUCGGAUAGCCAGCGUCGCAACGUUGGGGGCCGUCGGAACUUGGGCAUCGUAAUCACGGUGGGAAACGAGAGAGUUCGAAAAGGCUUCAGCGUGGAGAACGACAAAGCAGCACUGAAAGUUCUCGAGAUGUUGCUACCCAGAACCCGGUACUGA